AUGGUAUCUUCUCGCAAGUUUAAGGGGGAUGUUCGGAAGGAGGAAAAAGGUGGAAUGCGUGCGCAACUUCCUAACUCUCUCUCUCACCCUCUCAACAUUCCCUCUGUCCGUUCCUCUGUCGAGAGGAUUUACCACCCUACAAAACUACCCCAGCACGAUUCCACGCUCGCGUCCGGGUAAAUCCUGGUCGCCAGUGCCCGCGCGUCUUCCGCGAUUGUCGGACCGCGUUUCCAAAAAAAGUGAGAAUAUUCUCACACUUUUCCAGAAAUCCCCAAAAAUUCAAUCACUUUUCCACGUGAAAAAAUUACGACUAAAAAAAAAAUUUUUGAAAAACUUAAAAUAAGUGCAAAUUUAUCCUUAACAAAAAAAGUACCUAUAUUCGAAUGUCGGGAGAAAACCGGACGCCGUACAAAUUUUAAUUGUUAAAUAAACAAUUAAAUAUGAUUCGAAACAAAUUGAAUCAACAUUUGUUGUUCUGGAUUUACCACUGUUUGUAUUUUUAAGGUAAACUCCUUUUCUCAACCACAUAAUAAAUGUCGAAGUGUAAAAAAAAAAGUUUGUAAAUUUUCCCCUGAGUGUGAAGUUACAAAAUAAAAUGUUAUUAAUCAGAAUUUUAUUAAUAAAUUAAUAAAAAUACCAAAAAUACAAUUAAGAAAGUGUUAUCAUUUUACGAAACAAUUAAAAAGUGAAUAAUGAAAAUGUUAUCAGAAACUAAAAUAUAUAUUUAAAUUUUUAUACAGUUUAAAUAAUACAAGGAGAAAAAAGAAAAUAAACCGAAAUGAAAAUAGUUAGGAAAAUAGUUGAGUGACAUUCUUUCAAGACAACGAAAAUUCAUUGUAGAAUGAAUUCCAGAAAGUUUCUUAUUGAGACACAAAAGGAGGAAAUUAAUCAAAGUGAAUCGAUUGUGAAUUAGAAAAUAAAGAAAGAGUGAUGUUAUGCGAUCCAGACAAAAUACCAAGGAUCAAAAUUAAGUCCUGAUAAAGUAAAUAUUCGGAUGAUUCGGAAUAAUCGAUUGUGGAGAGGACAUGAUGGACGAGGGAGAAGGAGUGUCCGUUGUGGCGUUAAAUUAUCGUUGAUUGAAACAGUAGCGGGAAUUUUUACAAUUCAGUUAGUGAAGUUAGUGAUUUUAUUUAAAGACCGUUUAAUUAAGUCCAGAACAAUGUCAUAGUCCGAAGUGUGCGACAGUGCGCGCAAGUGACGUUAGCGUUAGAACACAAUGGCCCUACUGUUCGUUAUAAUUGUUAUUUUGGUCACUACAGUAAUGUCUUUGCCACCAGUCAUAAGAAUCGGUGCAAUUUUUACAGAAGAUCAAAAAGAUAGUCCAAUAGAGUUGGCUUUUAAAUACGCUGUGUACAGAAUCAAUAAGGAUAGGAGUCUUCUUCCUAACACCAGUUUGGUGUACGAUAUUCAAUAUGUGCCUAAAGAUGAUUCAUUUAGAACUUCCAAAAAGGCUUGCCAACAAUUAUCAAGAUCGGUCCAAGGAAUUUUUGGUCCCUCAGAUCCUCUGUUAGGUGCGCACAUACAAAGUAUUUGUGAAGCACUAGACGUACCUCACUUGGAAGCCAGAGUAGAUUUCGAGCCCACCUUUAAAGAGUUUAGUAUAAAUCUAUAUCCUGCUCAAGAUCAUCUCAAUAAAGCAUUUAAGGACCUUAUGUCCUUUCUGAACUGGACGAAAGUCGCUAUUAUCUACGAAGAGGAUUAUGGAUUGUUCAAACUUCAAGACCUUGUAAAGACUCCUCCCUCAACGAAAACGGAAAUGUAUAUACGUCAAGCUGGUCCCGACACAUACAGGCAGGUCCUUCGUGAAAUUAGGAACAAGGAGAUUUACAAAUUAAUCGUCGAUACAGAUCCAGCGCACAUGCAACAAUUUUUCAGAGCUAUAUUACAAUUGCAAAUGAACGACUUCAGAUACCAUUACAUGUUCACAACAUUUGAUAUAGAAACAUUUGAUUUAGAAGACUUCAAAUACAAUAGCGUGAAUAUGACUGCCUUUCGAUUGGUUGAUCUUGAAGAGCCAAAGGUCGUCGAAGUUCUACGACAAAUGGAGCGUUUUCAACCCAUUGGACACGCUAUUCUCAACAGAACUGGAAUUAUCCAAGCAGAACCAGCGCUUGUGUAUGAUAGUGUACAAGUUUUCGCACAUGGAUUAGCUGCUCUCGAUGGCAGUCACAUUCUUAAACCUGCUAAUUUAUCUUGUGAAAAAGAGGAACCUUGGGGUGAUGGAUCAUCUCUUUAUAACUACAUUAAUUCCGCUGGCCUACAUGGAUUGACCGGAAGAAUAGAAUUUAACGAAGGAAAAAGAAAUAAUUUCAAGCUGGACUUGCUUAAGCUUAAAAGGGAAGACCUCGUAAAGGUUGGCGAAUGGAAGCCAGGAAGUGGAGUAAACGUUACAGAUGUUGGAGCUUUUUACGAUACUGCAGCAACCAACAUUACCCUUGUCGUAAUGACGAGAGAGGAGAAACCAUACGUAAUGGUUCGAGACGAUAAGAAUUUAACAGGAAAUGCAAAAUUUGAGGGGUUUUGUAUUGAUUUAUUAAAGUGGAUAGCCGGACAAGUAGGAUUUCAGUAUGUUAUUCGAUUAGUGCCUGAUCAUAUGUACGGUGUAUACGAUCCCGAAACGAAAGAAUGGAAUGGAAUCGUUCGAGAACUUAUGGAAAAGAGAGCAGAUUUAGCAGUUGCAUCUAUGACAAUCAAUUAUGCGAGAGAAAGUGUAAUAGACUUUACUAAGCCCUUCAUGAAUCUAGGCAUUGGAAUUUUAUUUAAGGUACCAUCUAGUCAACCAACCAGGCUCUUCUCGUUCAUGAAUCCCCUGGCUGUGGAAAUUUGGUUAUACGUAUUGGCAGCCUAUAUGUUGGUUAGUUUUACUCUCUUUGUGAUGGCACGAUUCAGCCCCUACGAAUGGCAUAAUCCUCAUCCCUGUCUUGGAGAAAGUGACAUUAUUGAAAAUCAAUUCACCGUCAGCAACAGUUUUUGGUUCAUCACAGGAACAUUUCUGAGACAAGGAAGCGGACUCAACCCAAAGGUAUCCGGUCGUAUGCCUUCGCGACUCUUCUCAUUUAUGAAUCCUCUCGCCGUGGAGAUCUGGUUAUUCAUGUUGGGUGCUUAUGUUAUGGUGUCAUUAACAAUUUGGAUAGUGGCAAGAUUUUCGCCAUAUGAAUGGGUUGAACCAGAACCAUGUCCAAGCUGCAAGUGUCCACUACAGGGCGGUCAUCUCAGCGUCUUAGAUUCUAGCAGCGAUGACAUCCCAUUGCCGAGAACCGUCAAUGAUUUCACCUUGGCCAACAGCUUCUGGUUUACAGUUGGCACCCUAAUGCAACAGGGAAGUGACCUUAACCCAAAGGCAACUAGCACGAGAAUAGUUGGUGGAAUUUGGUGGUUUUUUACUUUAAUUAUUAUCUCUUCAUAUACGGCGAAUCUUGCUGCAUUUCUUACAGUCGAAAGAAUGAUAACGCCGAUUGAAAAUGCAGCUGAUCUGGCUGAACAAACGGAAAUAGCUUAUGGAACUUUAGAAGGAGGGAGCACAAUGACAUUCUUUAGGGAUUCUAAAAUUGGAAUCUACCAGAAAAUGUGGAGGUUUAUGGAAUCUAAAAGUCCUGCCGUUUUCGUUUCAUCGUAUGAAGAGGGAGUGAAAAGGGUUCUUGAAGGAGACUACGCUUUCCUAAUGGAAUCAACGAUGUUAGAUUACGCGGUUCAAAGAGACUGUAAUCUGACCCAAAUCGGAGGAUUAUUAGAUAGCAAAGGUUAUGGAAUCGCUACUCCAAAAGGUUCACCAUGGCGAGAUAAAAUAUCGUUGGCCAUUUUGGAACUUCAAGAAAAAGGUGUUAUACAGAUCCUCUAUGACAAGUGGUGGAAAAAUACGGGCGACGUGUGUAAUAGAGACGAAAAAAACAAAGAGAGUAAAGCAAAUGCAUUAGGAGUGGAGAAUAUUGGAGGUGUUUUUGUCGUCUUACUGUGCGGAUUAGCUUUGGCUAUUUUAGUCGCAAUUCUUGAGUUCUGUUGGAACUCGAAAAAGAAUACCCAGUCGGAUCGUUCUCUGUGUGCUGAGAUGGCUUCAGAACUGCGAUUCGCAAUACGUUGUGGUCCUCGUCAAAGACCAACAGCAAAAUCAUGUUCUACUGCAACAGAGAUAUUAUCCUGUAGUCGUUGCAGUCCACAUUCCUCAAUGCAGAGAAGUCGUUAUUACUCUGGAAGUCAAGAAGAAACGACUUACGUUCCGAGCAUCGAUAUCCCGCGAUUAAAUGGUGAGGUGACCAUCAUGAAAAUAUUUUAUGGAGGUUCGACUGCGACCUGGUGGGUGAACCUGAUGUGGUGAUUUCGCCGCCACCACCUCCACCACCUCCGCCUCCACCGCCACCAUCUGCCUCGGUAUCAAGAACUACAACCCUUUGACCAAUACUAGAAGAGGUGCCGACAGGUGUACCCGUCCAAAACGAAUUACCCACCCAAGCUUCCAUGGUGAUCAUUAAUGUCGAUCAAAAAGAGACCUGUUUAUAGCGCACGUAGUAACCGGAUAGGUUUUAAAUCUAAGUGAACAAAAUCUCUUCCGGUAAUUGAGAGUUAUAGUGAAUUCUAAAAAGAAAAUAAGAUAGGUUAUUUUGAACACUAGACGAUGAACAAUUCCAAAACAUUUGUAAAAUAAAGCAAGUCAAGACCCAAGAAGAAAAUUUCUUGAGAUAAAAUAUCCAACAACAAAAAAAAACAUCGAGAAAAGUUCUAAUCAAGAUGUAAUUUUGUAAAUAGUUGAUUUGUAAGUUGACAAAAUUUGUGAUAAAUUUACAUCUAAGAUCUCAAUGGAAUAAACAUUAUGAGGAAACAAUGUGUAGAGUAAUCAGAAGAAAAAAAUUAAAAUGAUUUUUAUCUAAAAAAAGAACGUUAGAUCAUUUAUUAAAAUAAAUUUUGAUUAGAAAAACGGUAAAUUAGUCGAUACUAUGAAUUUUUAAAAACCACCUUAUAACUCGGACCAAUUUCAAACAUUGCCGUUAAAUAUUGUAGUUUAUUUUAAUUCAAAAAGAAAAAUCAUUCCUAAAGAACAUAUUUAACUUCCGUUGCUAAAUAAAGAUUUCGUCAUCAGUUCAACAUGCGAGUAAUUAGAUAAUGAAAUGAAACAGUUCUAAAUAACAUAUCUCAUUAUUUUUAAAUUAUUUUCAAUAUAAACGAAAGCGAUAAUUCAAAAGAACGUUAAAGGUAUUUUCUUAAUUAUCAAAAAAAAAAUAAUAAAAAAAAAUACUGUAAUUAGUCAUAAAACUAUAAUAGUUUCAUAAAUCAUUAAAUAUUCUUUUAUGAAACAAAAUUAUGCUUUUUGGCUGUUGUAAUGAAAUUUUGCUUAGUAUCCAAAUGGCAAAGUUUCAAAAAUUUUUAUCAAACAAUUAUAAUAAAAAAAAAAACAGCGGUAUCUAUUACUUUACACUCGUGUACGAAAUCACAAUGCUCAUGUACAUAAUUUUUUCUUGAAUUUUUACUGUAAAUUAUUUUUCAUAAACUUAGUCUAUAGUUAUCACAAAGAAGACUGUUUAGCGACGUCGAAGCGUAGAAAAAUGAAAAAAAUUCCUGUUGUGAAUUACGAGCGUUGUUGUCCAUGUAUCUGUGUACCUUUAAAAAAAUGCGUGCGUGGAUUUCAAAGAGUAAAAAAUAACACCCUAUUAACUAUUUUUGAGAAAGAAAAGUCUUAUUACAUUUUUUUUUUGGUUUAUGUCACUUUUUGUGUGAUUACUAUUAGAGAAUCGAAUAACAAUUCAAAAUUACUUUUCUAAUAUGACGAAUAUUUUUUUAUCAUCAUCUUUAGCUCUACAAAUUUCAAAUUUCAAAUUUAUUUUAAUUUAUUUUAAUUUAUUUUCUAAAAUAAAAUUCAAAUUUCUUUUCACUUUUCCAGUGCACUAUUGUAUAUAUAACUUAUUAAAAUCUUUGCAAUAUUUUUAAAAAAAAACUUUUCCACACAAUUUAGAUAAAUGUUUUUUGAUAAAGUAUAAAAAAGGUAAUGCAGAUAUGUGGAUGGAAUAAUUAAUACAUAUAGGUAUGAUAUGAAUACACAAAUAUGUGCGCAUAAAUGUUCGGUGUAAAGUUACAUAAGCCUUUUUAUUUCAAAAGAUUCGUUCUGUUUUAAACUUAUUUCAAAAAUUGCUUUUCAUUCUAUAAUGAAGAUGGAAAUCCUACUCUCUAUCUCUCCCUCUCUUUACAUUACUAAAAAUAUAAAAAAAUUUGUUUUCAUUCAUAAAAAAAGUUGAAAUGAAGAGAUACUUUAUAAAAUUUUCAAACCUAACAGUACAGAGUGAAAUAAUAAAUAUUACUUUUUAAACCAAUGUCCAUUUUUCAUUCAUAUGCUGAAGUGUUAAAAAGAAACAUAAAUUGAAAAUUAGUUUCUAUGAAUUUUAAAAAAAGAAUAAUGGCUUUUGUAAAUAUGGCAAUCUCUACUCAAAGGCAUUCAAUUUUCAUAUAUUUUAAAACAAAUUAUAAACUUAUUUUCUCCUCUUUCUUCAACAUAACAUACAUUUACGAGUAUUUUAAUAAUUACCUUCAUAAUUACAAAUAUUUUCAAACUCAUAAGAGUUUAUUUUGUGAGAUGAGCAAAAGCAAAUGCGUCCCGAAUAAAAAAAAAUAUUUUAAACUAAAAAAAUGUUUUUUAUUUAAUUUCAAAAAUGUUUCUCUGGUUAAUAAAAAUAUUUCAUAUUUAAAAAGUUAAAUAUGUACAUAAAAGUUAAAAGAUAAUUAAAAAAAAAUAGAUAAUGGAAAAUAAUUAAAAUAAAAAAAAUAUUAGUUUCGAUUUUCUUGUGUAUAUUACGAAAUUAGUUUAAUUGAAUUUUGUUAUCUAGAUACUAAUUGAUAUUUUGUUUUAAUAAUAAAUUAAAUUAAUUUCUGAUUGAUAGAACGUUAAAUGAAUGAGAUACUAUGCGAAAUAAUUGAAAAUAAACAAUGCGUAUAAUUGAUAAGAAUGGUAAAAUGUGCAAGUUUCAAUACAACGCUCAAAUAAAAAGAGAAAAAAAAUGACGAUGAAGAAAACAACGUGUUCAUGUGUAUUUGUUGUGAGCGUGCACAUUUAUGAAAAGAAAUGUUAUUCACGAUUUAUUUCCCAUUUUUAUAUUAUCUUGCCAAAGUAUCCAAGCUGCCAAAUGUAUUCAAGAAAGCCAUCCAAGUGCUUCUCAAAUUUCACACAUUCCAUAUAAAAUAUGACCAAAUACUAUAAUAAAAAUGUAUUAUUUCGUUUAUAUAAUAAUUUUUCACCAAAAAAAAAAAAAAAUAGUUUCAUAUUAUAAGACCAAUUCCAAUAUUAAAAUUUUGGCAAGAGU